AUGGCCCAGCAAAACACAGGUACUUCCCCCAGAACCAGCCACCCCAAGAAGCCUGCGGAGGAGCCAGUGGCAAGGAGACCCGACAUGAACUCGCUGGGCUUCCAGGACAUGGACCGCAACGUGCCGGGGCUGUCCCAUGUCAUCCUCCAGAAGCUCAACAUGAAGAGCUACGAGGACUACAAGUCUGCCAUGGAUGGGAGGAAGAGUGGCAGCGAUUUCGGCAUCCGGACUUACUUUGACAUGUUCCAGAAGAUGGAGGACACCUUCAAGUUUUGCGCCGAGUGCAAGAAGCUCCCCGAUGCCCUCCCUGACCUCAAAAGCCUCCGGCGAUGCAAGAGGUGCCAGAAUGUGUACUACUGCAGUGUGGCGUGCCAACGGGCCAACUGGCCGCUGCACAAGAAGUUCUGCAAGAAGCUGAAGCUGGUGGCCCUGGACCGGCUUGUGGAGUGGCUCGUCUUCACAGGGGACAUCCCCUUCCCCACAGAGACCUGGACAAAACCCGCCCAGGAGGUGGAGGGCUGGGAGGACUGGUUCUCCAUGCAGGAGCAGCUAGAGGAGAAGCUGGGCGCCAUCCUGGCAGGGCGGUACAUGACCCUUCUCUGGGCCAACGCCGGGAAGCCCCGGCCGGAGGAGGGGGAGCUGCGCGAAUCCAUCCGGCGGCUCGUCACCGACUUCCACUCACGGCCACUCACCAUCGGGUUGGGGCUGCGGCUUUUUGGCAUUGACCCCCUCGCCAAGGCUCUCACCGUGCACGUGGUGGGGGCAUCCCACAUCGAGACCCUCAACACCCGGCUGACAGACUACGAUGAGCUGAUGCGAAUGUUCCCAGGGCACUGGGGCAUGGAGGUGGUGAUGGUGGGCAUGGAUGUGGUGGAUGGACCCAUCAUGAGGCCACCCUUGGCCAUGCCGGCACCCCAGGGAAGGGUUUAUCUCAGCAGCUACAAGGGGCUGUACCACGACUUCUGGGAAAGCCAUGUGGAGACCAAGCUGGCCACUUGCCCUGACCUGGUGGUGGGCUUUCACCCAGGUUUCCAUGCCUGCCCAGACCUGCUGGCAGGCGGGCUUCCCACCCUGCUGCUGCUGCGGGACUACCGCCUGCCUGUCCUCUUCACUGUCUACAGCGAGCAGGAGCUGAAGUGCUCCCUGCAGAUCCUGGUGGAGCUCGAGACACACAUCAUGGGCUACGCUGCCAACCCCUUUGCCUCACUCCGGCCAGAGCAGGUCUACUCCAGCCCCAACAAGGCACCCGUCUACUGCAGCUCCUACUACAUCACCCUGCUGGGGCCAGUGGCAUCUCACGUCCCCUGGCGGGGGCCAGUGGCAUCAGCCAUGCCAGGUGCUGAGGAGCUGGAGGAUGAUGAUGGGUGGCAGGGAGGGGACCCUAGCACUGCUGGGGGCAUUGCCCUGGGACUGGGCUGA